GAAAACAUGUUUCGCAUAGUAUAAAUAUAUCCAUGUGGACUUUUGUAGCAGACUAAUUACACGCUGAUCGUGUAAGCGUGUGUCUGUGUUUUUGAAGAGAUGAUGAAUAUCUCAACAAAAGUAAAAAUUAUGCAGAAGAUCAGGCCAACCUUGACAUCUGUGAUCCCAAGGCUGGAGAACCCCAGUAAUCCACCCUGCAGCUUCAAUGGGGAGCGUCAGUGUGAGGAUGGGUCCUGUAUACAGGCUGUCGACCUCUGUCCGGAGGAACAGCUGAUGAACCAGAACACCAUCCUCAUCAUGAUUGUUGUUGGACUGGCAGUUGUCAUAUUCCUCAUUGUAUUAUACUGCUUCCAGCAGCGUCAAAGGGAAGGAAACAGACGUCCUGGUUCUCUUUCGGAGGCAAACCAUGAUGAUGAUGACCAUGCCUCACUUUAUAUGCCACCACCAACCUAUGAGGAGGUGGUCACUACUGACCUGUAUCCCCCCACACCACAGAUGAGGCUUGCGAGGGGCAGGAUCACAUCCAAUGAGGAACCGCCUAUGACGCCUCCCCCCAACUAUGAUGCAGCUUUGUCCAUCCUUGCCAGAAGCCAUGAGUCAGUGUUUGGAAAGAUUCCUUUCAUCAGACGUAAAUCAUCAUGUGUUUCACGUCGUAGUUUCUCUGUAGACAAUGUUAACAAUUUGGAGUUAGCCCCUCCUCCUGCCACUGUGACUACAAUUACAGAACACGACAAUAACAGCUGUGACAAAACUACCAUAGAGGUCAUCUCGGACCGGUGACCUCAGCAUCUGCCACGGUUGAUUCUCAGAAACCAGUGGCCACUCAGCAGGUGUUGUUGAAUGAUUGGAUCCAUUACCCGUGAAACCAGAUUUGAAAAGAAAACAAUGUUUAUAGUAUUCAAAACCUUAAUAACUAAAUUCCUCAUGUGGACUAUUUAAUUUAUCUUUUAUUUGUUCAUACAAAGAUUGAAUAACUCUUUUUAAGGUUCUUUUACAAGUAUACUGAUUUUUACUGAAUCAGCUGGCAUUUCUUCCAUGUCAGAAGAUUUUGCAGUGUAGAUGAUGACGAUUUGGGAAUAGAGACAUUAACAAUAUAAAUUGGUAAGAUAAAUAUGGCUCCAAGUGAUCUAGUUAUCCCACAGCAGAAUUAGUAGACUAAUAGUGAAAAAGGAAAAUUGCUGGGACGAGGACAACCUUACUGCUUAUUUGAGUAUUAAGACUGCAAUACAGAUUGACAAAUGACAAUACAGUUGUGUAGGUUUGUAUUGUUUGGUCAAGCUGGCUUUUUCAUAAUUUAUUUUCACAAGAGGUUACCAAUAUCUAUUAUAAAGUUGUACACACCUAUUACACAUUAUGUAUAGAGUAACCAUGCCAGACUUGCUGAGAGUGCAAUAUAUUUAAUACAAAUUUGAACAUUGUUUUGUAAUAUAAAGAUCUGCUUUAUAUAUAUAUAUGAUUGAGAUGAUUUGUGGUCAAGGUGUCAUGUCAUGUGGUGUAUAGUUGAGAAGUGGAUACUUGUUGUGGUUUGUAUCUAAGAGUUAUGUCCCUUGAUAUGUGUGCUGUACUGUGUGUACAUAUAUUGUGGUGUAUGAUGAAGAUUUGUCUCUUGUAAUGUGUGUACAAGUAUUGUGGUGUAUGAUGAAGAUGUAUCUGCUGUACUGUGUGUACAUAUAUUGAGGUGUAUGAGGAAGAUAUGUCUAGUGUACUGUGUGUACAUGUAUUGUGGUGUGAUGAAGAUAUGUCUAGUGUUCUGUGUGUACAUGAAUUGUGGUGUAUGAUGAAGAUAUGUCUAGUGUACUGUGUGUACAUGUAUUGUGCUGUGUGAUGAAGAUAUGUCUAGUGUUCUGUGUGUACAUGUAUUGUGGUGUAUGAUGAAGAUAUGUCUGCUGUACUAUGUGUACAUGUAUUGUGGUGUAUGAUGAAGAUAUGUCUGCUGUACUAUGUGUACAUGUAUUGUGGUGUAUGAUGAAGAGGAGUUAUGUCCCCUGAUUUAUCUGGCGUCCAUUGUGUAUAUAUAUAUUCAGGUAUGUCACCCUGAGUAUGUUAUGACCACAUUUAUUCCAGACCUAUUUAUUGCUAGUGUAUACAUUUAUUAUUGAUAAUUUACAAUUUUAAUGAUAAAAGAUUUAUUGUUAUAUAAUGUUUGUAAUUAAAUGCAAUAUGGAAGAUUUCAUGUUUCUUGUGAAAUAUGGUUAGAUGCUUUAUCCUCAAAAUGUUAAUCCUCACAAAACUUGAAAUGUUGUGCACUUUUCCAGAUGAUGAUUAAGUAUUAAGAUAAUGAUUUGGUGCUAAACUUUAACAGUCAUUAAUACAGAGAGUCAAAACUUUGUAUGUACUUUAUAUAACAUUAACUGCAAAAAAAAAA